UAAACUCUGGGGGUCACUGUGUUUUUCCCUUAUUUCAGAAUGGGUACUAAAUUUAAGAUCGUUAAAAAUUAGUUACCAAAUUCCAUUAGUAUUUCUCAGGGAGGUGACUGAGGCCGAAACGCACGAAUUAGCUGCGUUUUAUCUGACGUGGCUCGCCUGAAUUGGUACCCAGUCAGCCAUCCUCCACGUCCCCACUCAAAGCUUGCCACCUGGAGCCACAUCACCUUCAGCCAAACCCGGGUUUAACAAAACAAAAUGGGUCAUGCCUGUAUCAGAUUAAUCAAAAAUUAAAGAACCCUAAUUUCAUUUCCCUUCUUCGUUUUUUCUCUCAUUGUUGAUAGAACCCUAAUUUUUCAACCCAUUCAAUCAGAAUUCUUACUCCUAAAUUGAUUGAUCUACGAUCGAAACCCUAAUUUCAGACGGCUAGCUUGGUUAAAGACAUGGACAAGCAAUGCAUUCGACUCCAUGGAUUUGCUCCUCCAGUUUACGACCCUGAUUCUGAAUACUUCAGCACUCGCAUUCAUAAAAUUGUAGUGUGUCCUGAACGUUAUGAUCACUCUAUAAUAGGAUGCAUUGAUUACUGUACUGCGUCGACUUUGUCAAUGUAUGAUAUUGUUAGUAAGAGUAACAGUUUAGGGCUAGGGUUGGAGGCUGAAAACUACAAGUACUACCAUGCUUUUGAUGGAGAUAGGGUGGCCUUAAUACCUCUAAAUAAUGACCAGGAUGUUCGCAUUAUGGCACUUAGUUUAGCUGAAGGUGAAGUUGUGUUAGAUGUACAUGCUUUGUUGGAAAAGUUUGAUGAGAUUGCAGCUGAACCUGAAUACAACUCUGAUAGUGGUCUGGAGGACUCUGACUACAGUUCUGAUCACAGCUUGAAUAGGGAUGGGGAUAUGCAAGUAGAAGAUGAACUUGCUGUUGAGAUGGAAAUUUCUGAAAGUGAAGGUAUAAUGAAUUUAGUGCAUGAAGAUGAGACUGAUGGUGCAAAUGAGCCUGAAGCUGAGGGGACAGCAGAUCAGGUUAUAGAAAAUGAGGGUACAGCAGCUCAGGGUGAAGCAGUUAAGGGUAAUACAGCUCAGGGCAGUAGAGCUCAAGGCAGUAGAGGUCAAGGCAGCAGAGGUCAAGGCAGCAGAGCUCAAGGAAGUAGAGCUCAAGGCAGUGUAGCUCAAGGAAGUAGAGCUGAAAAUGAGGGUCAGAAUGAAGAUUGUGAUUCUGACUAUGCAGUUUCAAAUGAGCUUUACUCUUGCUCAGACAGUGACUGUGAUGAUGAGUCAAUAAAGCCUAGGUUUCCUGAGUUCAAUGAAGAGAACAUGGAUAAUCCAGAAUUUGAAAUUGGGAUGUUAUUCAGUAGUUUUGGUCAGUUCAAAGAGGCUGUGAGAAAUUAUGGGAUUAGGAAUAGAUAUGUCAUGAAGUUUAAGCCUAAUAACAAGACUAGAUGUAAGGCUUACUGCAAGAAAGGAUGUCCAUUCAACAUUUGGGCAUCACUUAUGCAAGAUGAUGUGAGCACAGUGCAGAUCAAGUCAGGAAAAUUAGAGCAUCAAUGUACCAGAGAUCACAACAUCAGACAUGUCAAUCCCAAGUGGUUGUCUAAAAAAUAUCUUGAGCAAUUUAGGGCUGACCCUAAUUGGAGCCUAGAUGGAAUAAUGCAAGCUGUCAGGAGCAAUCAGAAGGCUAAUAUUUCUAGGGUAACAGCAUAUAGGUCAAAAUUCUUAGCUCUACUAGAGAUCAAUGGUGAUGAAACAGAGCAAAUGAGGAGGCUGAAUGACUAUAGAUUGGAGCUAAUAAGGACACAUCCAACUUCUACAAUUAUGUUUAAGAGAGCAGAAGGUGUGUUUGUGGGAAUGUAUGUAUGUCUUGCACCAUUGAGGGAUGGUUUUUUGGCUGGCUGCAGGAGGGUAAUUUCAGUGGAUGGGUGUUGGUUGAAAGGAUUAUAUGGUGGCCAGUUACUUGCAGCUGUGGGUAUUGAUGCUAAUGAUUGCACCUACCCUAUAGCUUGGUGUAUUGUAGACAGGGAAACUAAGGAGAACUGGAUGUGGUUUCUUGGGCUUUUGGCUGAUGACUUGCAAAUUUGCAAUAGCUAUGGAUGGUGUUUCAUGAGCGAUAGGCAAAAGGUAUCAUUACUGCUUUUUAAACUUAUUGACAUGUAUGGCAUUUUAUGCUUUGUUUGAAAUUGGGAUGAAAUGCAGGUGUUUUCAAUAUUAGUAGUAGUUAUUUGUUUGACAUGUAUGGCAUUUGAAUGUUAGUGUUGUUGUAUAAAUGAUUAGUGUAAUUGAAAUGUGACUACUGAUUGUAUAAAUGUUAGUGAUUAUAGAAAUGUGACUAGUGAUUGUAAUUUGUUUGACAUGUAUGGCAUUUUAUGAUUUGUUUGAAUUGGGAGGAAAUGCAGUAGUUUUAAAUGUUAGUAGCAUUGAAAUGUGACUAGUGCA